AUGCCGGGCAUCUUUGUCGACUGUGACGCGAGAUCGUUGACCACGGUACCAGAUGUCAAUGUUCCCAGAGAUGCAAGAACGUUUGCCUUGACCUACAAUCAACUCACUGCCAUCGGAGAUGAAGCAUUCUCCACGCUAUUUCGUCUUAUUACCUUGCGUCUUCAACACAAUGCUAUAUCAAGACUGGGACCAAGAGCCUUUGUCGGACUUAAUAGAAUAACAACACUGGCCUUUCUUCGACACACUCCUGGCCUAGCAAAUCUUCGUAUGGCGUACAAUAACAUUCAAAGGAUUGACUGGGAACCGGCUGACCAACACGAAGGGCUGAGAUCAAUUGAUUUGUCAUACAACCGACUAGCUGUACUUGAAAACUUUACUGGAAUGAGUGUUCUUCAGUCCCUUAUCCUAUCACAUAAUCGAAUCCGAACAGUGCUUGCAGGAGCAUUCAACGGCUCGUUCAACGUGCAGAUCCGAAUCAUCGAUCUUAGCAAGAACUCGAUCAGAACCAUCCCAUGCCUUGCCUUUGUGAAAGCAGUCCACGUCGUGGAAAUCAAUCUCGAAAACAAUCGGAUUGACUUCAUCGGUCAGUCUGCCUUCGUCAACCAGAGCCAUUUCACUCUCCGCCUUGGAAACAACCAGCUUGUGUCUCUGCGCCCAUCAUCCAGCCUUCCGCUUCUGUCAAGGAAUGUCUACUUCGACCCAAACCCCUGGCGUUGCGACUGUGAGGCCGUGGCACUGGUGGGAUGGCUUCAGAGGUCGGGGGUGCAGAGGGUCUACUGUUCGAGUCCAGCAAUCUUCAGAAAUAGAAGUGCUUACACUUGGAUCGAGCGAGAAUACCGACACAGCGGACCCGACACAGCACCAUAA